AUGAAUAACAGCAUUGUAACUGAGUUCAUGAUUAUGGGCAUCACCCAAAAACCUGAGCUCCAGAGAGUUCUCUUCUUUGUCUUUCUCUUCAUCUACCUUGUGGCUUUUCUUGGAAAUAUGCUCAUUGUCAUUGCCAUAAUCUAUAACACUACCCUGCAUAUGCCCAUGUAUGUUCUCCUUCUGGCACUGGCUAUUGUGGAUAUCAUCUGCACGACAAGCAUAAUUCCAAAAAUACUUGAGACCAUGCUGACAUCAAGAAAAACCAUUUCCUAUGGAGGCUGCAUGUCCCAACUAUUUUUCUUCACCUGGUCCCUGGGUGCUGAAAUGGUUCUUUUCACCACUAUGGCCUAUGACCGCUAUGUGGCCAUCUGCUUCCCUCUACGCUACAUUGCUAUUAUGAACCGCUAUAUGUGUGUGGCCUUGCUCAGCAUUGUCAUGGCUAUUGCAGUAACCAACUCCUGGGUGCACACAGGUCUCAUCCUGAGGUUGACCUUCUGUGGAUCAAAUAUCAUCGACCACUUCUUCUGUGAGAUACCCCCCUUGCUGGCUUUGUCAUGCAGCCCUGUGAGAAUAAAUGAAGUGAUGGUGUAUGUUGCUGAUAUUUCUCUGGCUAUAGGUGACUUCAUUCUCACCUGCAUCUCCUACAGCUUUAUCAUUGUUGCCAUCCUUCGCAUCCAUACAACAGAAGGGAAGAGAAAGGCCUUUUCCACAUGCUCAUCCCAUCUCAUUGUGGUGUCUCUUUACUAUUCCCCUGUAAUCUAUACCUAUAUCCGCCCUGCUUCCAGCUACACAUUUGAAAGGGACAAGGUGGUAGCUGCACUCUAUACUCUUGUGACUCCUACAUUAAACCCAAUUGUGUACAGUUUCCGAAACAAGGACAUGCAGGCAGGAAUUAGAAAAGUAUUUGCACUUCUGAAACGUUAG